AUGGUAAAGCUAUGGGAGAGUAUCGCAGAAUUUCGACACAACAAUGAUUUACUAGGGUAUGUGAAAGACAAGGAGUGUACUAGGUUAUGUUUGGAGACGGCAUUAGGGAAACCUAUCGGUGAUUGCCACCUGAUAGUGGAUCCCAUGAUGGAGAGAUAUAGCUUGUAUAAGAGGGAACCGUCUUAUCUACCGACCUACCUGGUCUUGCUCAGAAUUCGCCCUACCGAACGACGACCUAAACAACAAGCAGCAAUAACACCAGCAAAAAACAAGGAACACUCGGAGCCACCAACCAGCCAAUCACCACCAGCCUCAGCUCUGAGGAAUAGGAUUAACCACAAGGUUAAAGCUCGAAGCUUAGAAGGUACCACUACCGUAUCAAACCCAACUAACCAGGACACCAGAAAACAGCGUUCGUAA